CUUCUUCUUGGAGCGAAAGUUGAUUACUACUAGUAGUAGCCAGCAGAGGGCAGACCCAGCGCGCACCCGAACCCGCAGUCUCUCGCACACGCAGACGAGCCAGAUACCGCCAGCGCAGCGCCUCUCCUCCCUCUCGCCUCGCGCCCGCCGCCCGCCGCCCGCCGGAGAGGACGCCAUGGCGCCGGAGCCGGAGGACGACAUCAUGGCGGAGAAGAACCCGCGCCCCCUCGACGAAGACGACAUCGCCCUCCUCAAGACCUACGGGCUUGGGCCAUACUCCACGAGCAUCAAGACGGCCGAGAAGGAGAUCAAGGAGUUGGCCAAGAGGAUCAAUGACCUUUGUGGGAUAAAGGAGUCUGAUACUGGGCUGGCUCCACCUAGCCAGUGGGAUCUGGUGUCAGACAAACAGAUGAUGCAGGAAGAGCAGCCUUUACAAGUAGCAAGGUGCACCAAGAUUAUAAACCCUAAUACCGACGAUGCCAAGUACAUGAUUAAUGUAAAACAAAUUGCAAAGUUUGUGGUUGGAUUGGGUGAUAAAGUUUCGCCAACUGAUAUUGAGGAAGGGAUGAGAGUCGGUGUCGAUCGGAACAAGUAUCAGAUACAGAUUCCAUUGCCACCAAAGAUUGAUCCCAGCGUCACCAUGAUGACUGUUGAGGAAAAACCAGAUGUCACGUAUAAUGAUGUUGGCGGGUGCAAGGAGCAGAUUGAAAAAAUGCGUGAGGUAGUCGAGCUCCCCAUGCUUCACCCGGAAAAGUUUGUGAAGCUUGGUAUCGACCCUCCGAAAGGUGUCCUUUGCUACGGUCCUCCUGGCACUGGCAAGACUCUUCUUGCUAGAGCUGUUGCUAAUCGCACGGAUGCUUGUUUCAUCCGUGUAAUUGGUAGCGAACUAGUUCAGAAGUACGUUGGUGAGGGCGCUCGGAUGGUUAGGGAGUUAUUUCAGAUGGCCCGCUCGAAGAAAGCAUGCAUCAUAUUUUUUGAUGAAGUUGACGCCAUUGGUGGCGCUCGCUUUGAUGAUGGAGCUGGGGGUGAUAAUGAGGUGCAGCGUACUAUGCUUGAAAUCGUCAAUCAGCUUGAUGGUUUUGAUGCUAGGGGGAAUAUCAAGGUUCUCAUGGCCACCAACAGGCCUGAUACACUUGAUCCUGCACUUCUGCGUCCUGGUCGUUUGGACAGAAAGGUGGAAUUCGGGCUACCUGACUUGGAAGGCCGUACCCAGAUAUUCAAAAUACAUACGCGCACCAUGAACUGUGAGCGUGAUAUACGCUUCGAGCUACUGGCGCGACUCUGCCCCAACGCCACUGGUGCCGACAUCAGGAGUGUCUGCACAGAAGCCGGCAUGUACGCAAUCCGCGCCCGGAGGAAAACUGUGACAGAGAAGGACUUCCUCGACUCUGUCAACAAGGUGAUAAAGGGGUAUCAGAAAUUCAGUGCAACCCCGAAGUACAUGGUGUACAAUUGAGCAAGCAGGCUUCUCUUCGAUUCUGUGCAUGUUUGCAUCCAUGCCGUAGCAGCAGUGCUUUUUGUUUUCACAUCCUUUCUGUGUGCCCCUGAUGGUUGUAAACAGCACAUCGGUGUGUCGGUUCAUGUAUGUCACUGUAAUCUGGUAACCCCAGUGAAAUCACUCUAGCUUUUCAUAAAGCUUUGUCGAAACACAAUUUUCAGCUUGUCUGCUAAUCAGAAUUAAUUGCAUACAUUUUAUCUA